AUGGUGAAAAUAGAAGGAAAGAAAACGGAUUUGGAAUCAGUGAAGAGAUACUUGCAGAAACGAGAAGCGUCAAAUUCAAAGCAAGAUGACGAAUUUCCCAAAGAGUUUUUAGAACCUCUGGUCUUUCACGGCCUACGCCUCGAUCUCAUUCAACCUGGCCGUGUCGUCUUCUCCAUGAAGAUACCGCCACGAUUACUCAAUUCAGCUAAGUACUUACACGGUGGUGCCAUCGCUACUCUGGUAGAUGUGGUAGGCGCAGCCGCAGUUCCCGCCGCUGGUUUUCCAUGGGAUUCCGGAGUUUCCCUCGAGAUCAACGUAUCAUGCUUGGAUGCUGCAUAUGUUCAUGAGGAGAUUGAAAUUGAUGCAAGAGUUCUGCGAGUAGGAAAGACUAUAGCUGUUAUAAGCGUGGAUUUGAGGAAGAAAAAGACUGGCCAAAUAUUUGCUCAGGGCCGUCAUACCAAAUAUCUUCCUGCUAUUACUAGUAAAAUCUGA